AGCCUCAGCUAAGAGGCUACUUUAGUCUCCCAACAUAAGCACAUUCACAGAUGUCUCUGAACGGGCAGAGUCUCCUCACCCAUCACGACAGAGCAGCCCGCUCCUGUGUGAAGCGACGAGCCGUGGACAGAGAGGAACGCAGAGGGAUAAAAAGCGAGGUAGUGAGGACGAGGGCGGGAGGGAGAGCAGGAGAAAGAAGAGGUGAAGAGCCACAGAGCAAAAAGAAAUACAUCGCUGUCACUCUGACGUCUCCCCCCUGUGCUCCCCGUUUUGGUGUGAAUGCAAGAAGAGGAGAAGGGGGGAAAGGGGGAGGAAAAUAAAUCCUGGGAGCUUGAGUCGUCUCUUUGCUUUAUAUUCCCAUCUUUUUUUUCCUUUCUUUCUUUUUUUUUUAUCUCCAUCAUCCAAGGCAUGACGGCGAGUUUCAGCUGGCACUGCAGAAUAAAAGAAAGGGAUGCUUUUUGAAUGCUGCUUCUCUUCUGACAAGGGACAAGGAAGAGCGAAAGAGGGACAAUAAACAGGAUUUCUAGAUUGAUUGGGAGUCCCUAUGCCGUAUGCACUGGAAUAGCAGGGUUACACUGAAGUCUUUCAACGAGGGGCCAGCCCCGAGGAAGUGAAACUGUUGCAGGACUUCGGAUGUCACCCCCGUGUCACGGCUUCCCCUCAGCUUGACCAGCUACACCCACACACACAUAUCUCUGCUCCCCGAAGGACGCCAAUUAACAGCAGGCUUGAGACAAAGAGCAAGGAGGAAGGGAAUACACUGUAGGAGGCGCCUGUACCUGCUGUGGAAGGGGACUGCACUGCUUGUGUGCACUUGCUGUUUCCUGACUCUGUGAGUGGACAAGAAAGAGGAAGAGGAAGAGAAGAAGGAAAUGGUCGGCUGAUGUGUCAUGGAGGAUGUCAACGCUAGGUAGCCCAUCUAGUCUCCAGUGUGGCUUUCCCAGCCGCGCAAUGAUCCAGUUCUAACUGUGGGUAAUGCCGAGCCAAAUAACCAAUCCUGGAGAUGCCGAAGAGAAGAGAUAUUCUUGCCAUCGUGUUGAUCGUGUUACCCUGGACUCUGCUCAUCACCGUUUGGCACCAAAACGCUAUUGCUCCACUCCUCGCCAUCCGAAAGGCCUGUCACCACCUAGUAAAAGAGAUCUUUAUCAUUCCAGAGAGGCUUGCAGUCCGCCACCACCGGCUCUCAGAUGAUGGUGUCGAGGGCAAGAGGGAGGCAGGUGGCCAGGCGCAGGACUCCAAGGAAUACUGUGCCUCAGAUAAGGACAUUGUGGAGGUGGUGAGGACAGAGUAUGUGUACACGCGGCCUCCGCCCUGGUCCGAUGUGCUGCCCACAAUCCACAUCAUCACCCCCACAUAUAGCCGGCCCGUCCAGAAAGCUGAGCUGACACGGCUAGCAAACACCUUCCUCCAUGUCCCCAACCUGCACUGGAUCUUGGUGGAGGAUUCCCAAAGGAGAACGCCUCUUGUCACACGACUCCUCCGAGAAACGGGGCUAAACUACACCCACCUCAAUGUAGAGACACCCAGGAACUAUAAGCUGCGAGGUGACACUCGGGAUCCCAGAAUUCCAAGAGGGACUAUGCAGCGGAAUCUGGCCUUGCGGUGGUUGAGGGAGACGUUCAACGCCAACAACAGCCAGCCUGGAAUCGUCUACUUUGCUGAUGAUGAUAACACAUACAGCCUGGAGCUGUUUGAGGAGAUGAGAUCGACUCGGAAGGUUUCUGUGUGGCCUGUGGCCUUUGUGGGUGGCUUGAGGUACGAAUCCCCCAAGGUCAACGCAGCAGGUAAGGUCUACGGCUGGAAGACGGUGUUUGACCCCCAUCGGCCCUUUGCCAUCGACAUGGCUGGCUUUGCCAUCAACCUGAGGCUCAUCCUCUUCAAGCCACAGGCAUAUUUUAAGCUUCGCGGGGUGAAGGGAGGUUACCAGGAGAGCAGCUUGCUCCGGGAGCUUGUCACACUCAACGACCUGGAGCCGAAAGCAGCCAAUUGCACUAAGAUACUCGUUUGGCACACGAGAACAGAGAAACCCGUCCUUGUAAACGAGGGGAAAAAGGGAUUCACAGACCCCAAUGUGGAGAUCUGACUGCGUUCCCGCCACAGUGGCUGGCCUCUGAGCUGAGAAGGGAGAAAACGGUUAAGCUUCUCGAUAAGUGCUCACAUCUUAAUCAUGAGGAAAAGGAAAAAAAGGAAGUGGGGGGCCUUUAAAGAGGGACUUAAUCCUCUUGACUCAAUCUGACAUUUUUUGUUUAAAAAAUAUGGACCAAAACAGUACAUAAUGUAUUGUAUUAAAGCACAGAUUAUAGCAAAAAGGCAGCAGAUAUUUGUCAGGUCUGCCACCGAUGUGCAGAGGAGACAACAGCAAAGGACGCCUCGCGGGGUGGCAGGGGGGGCGGGGGUGAACAAUGGCCCACUGAGGACAGCCUAACAAAAGAGACAGCACAAUACGAAGAAGAAAAAAAAGCAUACAGACAGCGGAUUCAGCCGAACAAGCAUUUUAAGAAAUAUCCACCUCAAAUUUAAAAGGAUAAAAAAAGAGGAAAUAAAAGACAAAUGGGGCUGGAACUGCACAUCGUAUCCCCCCCUGAGAAAUUCCUCAUGGAUUUAAGGACACGGCCCGCAUCAUCCGCCUGGAUAAAGAAAACUAAACAAAAAAAAAAAACAACCACAACUCCAAGGACAAAGACUUCUGAUGUGGAUUUUUCCUUUUUGAGCGAACGCAAACAUAGCAAGGGAAGGAAACUUCUUUAUUUUGGUUUGCUUUAAGUUAAUUUAACUGGUUUAGGCGUUUCACAUACACUUGACUUGCUAGUUCAAUACUACUGACUCUUGACUACAUUUACUCUGUCCAUUUUAUAGUCAUCCAUCAUAACUCGUACACUUGAAGAGAGACUGCUGUUGCACAUGUACCCCUCUGUGCUUCGGAGCUGAACUGUACUGUACAAGUAAGCAUCAGAAACCUAACACUCUCCCUAGCACUUAAAAACACUCAAAUGUUCCUCUGUGACGACAUGUAUAAAUACUAAUUGAAUAUGUGAAGAGUCAGAGGAGGGGUUUGACAGAUGCAUUGUAAUUACUGUAUUUCUAUGUAAAGAAGAAGAAGAAGAAAGAGUCCCUUUCCCUGGUAAAUUCCUUAGAAUGACACACAACAAGGCACAGGUUCACUCUGGGUUCAACACAUGGAAAGAGUAAUAGCACAUCAGCAUCAGCAUCAUUAAUGUGGCAGAUUCACAACUGCUGCCCUGACAGCCCCCUCCAAAUCUACCCUUGACUUCAUCUGCUGCAACUUUGUGAGUUUUUCGCAAUGCAGAAAAACUGAAUGAUUUAAUAUUUCCCCUUAUCUGUGCACAAGCACACGCACAUCUGCCCCAGUCGUCAUCAGUCUGCUGUGUAUGGUCCCCCCCCAAAAAAGAAGAAGAAGGAUGAAGCGGCAUCAGAGCCUACACAGUUGGUUUUCACAAAGCCUGUCACUUCCUGUUAGCGCUAAAGAACACCCCCCACCCCAAAACAUACAGAAUUAUUUUUCUUAUUAUUAUUAUUUAUGGCUUCCACAUAUGAAAUCAAAUAUUAAACCCAAGCCUAAAGUAACAGUGGGCUACAAGAAGAAAAGCACAAUGAAAAUCAGUGGUAUUUUUGCUAAUGAUCUGGCAGUGAGGUGAUGUUUUCUUUGUGUGUUAGCAUCCAUGGAUGUCAAGAAAGGGAGUCUCUGCUCCUCUGAACAUUAGACAUCAGUAGGUACGACGCUGCGCUGCUGAAAGUUAUUCUGCAUCUCGUAUAAUAGAGUCUCUCCUCUGCUUGAUAAAUCAUCCAUCUUAGACACAGUGGUGGCUCUCUUAUCUGACGCUGGCCAGCAGAAGUAGCUGGAGAUAAUUCAAAAAAGAACUGAGCCUCUGUGCUGUUGCUAGAUUAUCUAUGUCCUCCCCCCACCCCCUAAAAAGAAAAAAAAACAAAACACCCAAACCAUCCUCCAUAACC